GCUGCGACAGCACCGGGACCGACACCGGGAAACCCCGCAGAGCCCGAACCCGCCGCGACCGGAGCGGGGAGAGCCGCAACACCAGGAGAAACCGACGCCGACGGACACCGACAGACAGACACCGACCGACACCGACGGACACCGACAGACAGACACCGGCACCGGCGCCCCGCCCCUCUGCCACCAGGAUGGUGAGUGGCCCCGGGUGCGGGUCCGGGCGGAGCUCUCGACGCCCCAGGCGAGCCCGGAGCGGGUGCCCAGCCCCGAGGAGCAGCAGUGGGCAGGGCCCGAGGCGCUGUGCCCGGGCUGGCUGGAGGACGAGGCCCCCGAUGGCGAAGUGCCCGGGGACAGCGGGGACCCCGACGGUGCCACCCACGCCUACGAGCGGCUCCAGAGCGCCCUGAGCCAGGAGGGGCUGCCCCCCACGCUGGACUGCUCCGCGGAGCCCCGCACGGGAUUUGGCCCGCUGGACAUGACCGUUUGCAUCCUGGGCUCGCCCAUCCCCUUCCUGCCCGUCCUGCUGGAGGGUGGCACCCGCUGCCCAGGUGCCAUGGUGCUGUGCCUGUCCCCCUCCUGGGCCAGCCGGGUGCCAUCGGAGUCGUGCCCGGGCGCCUGGUCCCUGCUGCUCUCCCGGGGCGUCUCCUUCAAGGUGGGGGGACACAGCGCGCUGGAGAGCUUCGUGCCGCCCCGCCGUGCCAACUACGUGACGGGCACCUUCGCGCCGGGGGACCCCGAGGGCGGCUGGGUGGGCGAGCUGGCCCGUGACCUGGACUGCCCCACGGGGGGCUCGGUGCCGCUCGCCCACCGCCUGGAGGACGCGCUGCUCGCCCGCUGGGUGCUGGCGGCUCACGCCAACCUGCCCGUGCCCCCCACGCUGGCCUUCGUGCUUGGCACCAGGGGGGACCUGCCCGCCCUGCCCGCGGCCCCCGCGGUGAGGCUGGUGCGGCUGCAGGACCCGCAGGGCCAGCAGAGCCUGGUGCAGGAGGAGGUGGGCGCCUUCCUGGGGGGCACCGCCAUGGAGCCCUACGGCCAGGUGGUGGUGCGGCCGGCGGGGUGGCGGUGGCGGGGGACAGGCGCCCGCAGCACCCACAGGAAGGAGGAGGGCGCGGCGGUGGCGCAGGCGGUGGGUGCCCGGCUCCGGGGGCUGACGGAGGAGGACAGCGUCCUGCUGGAGGCCAUGGUGCCCACCGCCCGCCUGCCCGUGCCCCCCCCACGCAGCCCAGCCCCGCGGCUGCCCAUGGCCCUGCGCAUCUGCACCCUCGUCUGCAGGUCCUGGGGGGACCGGCCCCAGCUCUGCCAGGUGGCCUGCGCCGUGGGACGCGCGGAGAGCCCGGUGCGCCACGGCGCGGCGCUGCCGCAGGGCCUGGACUCCGGCCUGCAGCAGUGCGGGGUGGCGGCCCCCGGGCAGCGACAGGCGCUGGCCACGCGGCUGCGGGAGGCCACCGAGGCCGCCGCGGCCGCCCUGCUGGCCAGCGAGGCCGAGCUGAGCCCGCGGCAGCGCGGCGGGGACCGGGCCCGCACCGACAUCCUGGGCGUGGAUUUCCUGCUGGCGUGCGUGGAUGAGGCGCUGGAGCUGGUGGCGCUGGCCGCGAACGGGCAGCGGUGCCUGGAGACGUGCGCGCUGGCCGAGGCCAUGGGGCGCGGCGUGGGCGAGCCCCGCGGGGACGCGCCGCGGCUGCUGGCCGAGGCCAUGCUGCACCGGGCACAGCGACACCUGGUCGAGGGCAAGGACAUCCUGCUCAUCGGGGCCGGCGGCGUCAGCAAGAGCUUCGUGUGGGAGGCGGCCCGCGACUACGGGCUGAGGAUCCACCUGGUGGAGUCGGACCCGGAGCACUUCGCGGCGGGGCUGGUGCAGACCUUCCUGCCCUACGACAGCCGGGAGCACCGGCGCGACGAGGAGCACGCGGAGCGGGUGCUGGAGCUGCUGCGCUCCCGGGGGCUGCGGCCCCACGCCUGCCUCUCCUACUGGGACGACUGCGUGGUGCUGGCGGCGCUGGUGUGCCAGGGGCUGGGGCUGCGCGGCCCCGCGCCCGCCGCCGUGCGGGUGGCCAAGCAGAAGAGCCGCACGCACCGGCACCUGCAGCGCUGCCGCCGCGGCCGCCCGCCGCCCGCCGCCUUCGCCGUGCCCUGCCGCCGCCUGCGGAGCCACGGCGACGUGGAGCGGGCGGCGGGCGCCGUGCCCUUCCCCGCCGUGGCCAAGCUGGAGUUCGGCGCGGGCGGCGUGGGCGUGCGGCUGGUGGAGAACGCCGGGCAGUGCCACGCUCACGCCGCCCGCCUCUGGAGGGACCUGCGCGACGACGCCGACCACCCGGGCAUCGGGCUGGGCUGGGGCAACGCCAUGCUGCUCAUGGAGUACGUGCCGGGCACCGAGCACGACGUGGACCUGGUGGUCUUCGAGGGGCGGCUGCUGGGCGCCUGGGUGUCGGACAACGGCCCCACGCGCGUUCCCGCCUUCCUGGAGACGGCGGCGUGCCUGCCCUCCUGCCUGCCCGCCGACCGGCAGGCGCAGCUGGUGCGGGCGGCGCUGCAGUGCUGCCGGGCCUGCGGGCUGCGCGACGGCGUCUUCAACGUGGAGCUCAAGCUGGGCCCGGCGGGGCCGCGCCUGCUGGAGAUCAACCCCCGCAUGGGGGGCUUCUACCUGCGCGACUGGAUCCGCGAGGUCUACGGCCCCGACCUGCUGCUGGCCGCCGUGCUGGUGGCGCUGGGGGUGCCGCCCGUGCUGCCCGCCCGGCCCGCGGCCCGCACGCACCUGGCCGGGGUGAUGUGCCUGGCCUCGGAGCACGGCGACGCCCUGGCGGGUGGCGGCGGCAUGGAGGCUCUGCGGGAGCUGCACGGCCGCGGGUUCGUCCGCCUCAACCGGCUCUUCGAGGAGCCCGGGGGCGCCGGCGAGUACGAGGAGCCGCUGCUGAGCGUGGCGUGCGCCGGGGCCACGCUGGCCGAGGCCUGCGAGCGCCUGCUGGGGCUCUGCCAGGGGCUGGGCAUCGACUCGCCGCGGUAUCCCGUGGAGCAUUUCUUGUCGCACUUCAAAUAGCGCCGGGCAGGCAGCGGGGAGAGCGAGGGAAUGCGUGCCCCGGCACACCCGGCACACCCGGCACCGCUCCCGCCGCCCCGCCGCCCCUCCCCGGCAUCCCCCCGGCACCCCUGGCCUGGCACACCAUGUCCUGGCAGCCCCGCACCGCCCUGGAUCCCAGGCACCCCC